AUGUUUGAACCCACUAUCAAAUACAAAAGAGUCAAUGACCCACCAAAAGACAUCACAAAGUCUUUGGAGGAUCUGACAAUAAAAGACAAGCAAGUACCCUCAUCUAAAUCUGAAAUUGUAAACAAAACCUCGGAGGAGAAUGAGAAAGAUAAAGCGCAGGAUAUGCCUGCCAGCAAGGACGACGACAAAGAAGAAGAAAAAGAAACAGCAGUAUUGAAGUCUGAGACCACUGAUAGCGCAGCAACAACAGCUACAGCUACAGAUCCAUACUCAUUUACAUUCGAAGAAGAGUACGAAGAAAAUGAUUCUAAAAUCGAAGUUGAUCCAAACGACAAGGAAAGAAUUAUUAUUACACUUUCAACAGGCAAACAAUUUUCAGCAGAUAGGUAUUGCCCACAUGCAGGAGCCGACCUUUCUUAUCAUGGCAAGGUGGCAGAAGACGACUAUCCUCCUGAGAUUGGCCCUGUGCUGAUGUGUCCUAUUCAUUACUGGGAAUUUGCAUUAGAGAAAGAGGGUAAAGGCGGAAGUGGGUUUACAUCCAUCAACGCUUGUCCCGUUGAUGUCGCUGAGAAGUGUGCAGCCUCAGCCGAAAAAAAGAAGCUGGAGUGGUAA